AUGGAUGUAAAGAAGCAGUACCAACAAGAGGACGACACCAUGAAGCAGCUGGAGCUGCCGCUCAUCUUGAAGCUGCUGAAUCUCCUGCGUCCAUCAGCCGCGUUUCCUCAAGUCGUUGCCACUGCCGUCACCCCAAUCGACCAUCACCUCGAGACCGUCGAACACCUACCUAGGGCGCUGCAACAACCCGCAACAAUCUUGUAA